AAACCUGUGCAUCAGUCUGCCCACGCCCAUGCACAUCAAUACCUCAUUGGCAGGUAUAAAAGGGGGCCCUGACAGUCUCCCAGUAGCAGAGCGGAGUCUCCAGCCUUAACUCGUCUGGGAACCUUCACUUUCCCUCACUGGGCUAAGGCAUCAUGAGUUGUCAGAUCUCGUGCAAAUCUCGAAGAGGAGGAGGAGGUGGAGGAAGAUUCCGGGGCUUCAGCAGUGGCUCAGCCGUGGUCUCCGGUGGGAGCCGGAGAUCGGCCACUAGCUUCUCCUGCUUGAGCCGCCAUGGCGGUGGCGGAGGGGGCUUCGGUGGAGGCGGCUUUGGCAGUCGGAGCCUUGUUGGUCUUGGAGGCACCAAGAGCAUCUCCAUUAGUGUGGCUGGAGGAGGUGGAAGCUUCGGCUCCGGUGGUGGAUUUGGUGGCAGAGGAGGUGGCUUUGGAGGCGGCAGCGGCUUUGGAGGUGGCGGUGGCUUUGGUGGCAGCAGUGGCUUUGGUGGAGGCAGCAGCUUUGGAGGCGGCGGUUUCGGUGGAGGCGGCUUCGGCGGCGGCCGCUUUGGAGGUGGCGGUGGCUUUGGAGGUUUUGGGGGUCCUGGUGGCAUGGGGCCUGGAGGAUUCCCUGGUGGAGGCAUCCACGAAGUCUCUGUCAACCAGAGCCUCCUGCAGCCUCUCAACGUGAAAGUUGACCCAGAGAUCCAGAAUGUGAAGUCUCGGGAGCGGGAGCAGAUCAAAACUCUCAACAACAAAUUUGCCUCUUUCAUUGACAAGGUGCGGUUCCUGGAGCAGCAGAACCAGGUACUGCAGACCAAAUGGGAGCUGCUACAGCAAAUGGAUGUCAGCACCCGCACCACCAACCUGGAGCCCAUCUUUCAAAUGUACAUUGCCAAACUGAAGAAAUAUGUGGAUACGCUCUCUGCAGAGAGAACAUCACAAGAUUCAGAGCUGAACAACAUGCAGGGUCUUGUUGAGGAUUUUAAGAAGAAGUACGAGGAUGAAAUCAACAAGCGCACAGCUGCUGAGAAUGAUUUUGUGACACUUAAAAAGGAUGUGGACAAUGUCUACAUGACCAAGGUAGAGCUGCAGGCCAAGACAGAUGUGCUGAAUCAGGAGCUUGAGUUCAUGAAAUUCCUUUUUGAUGCGGAGCUGUCCCAGAUGCAGCAGAGUAUCACCGACACCAGCGUUGUCCUGUCCAUGGACAACAACCGCAGCCUGGACCUGGACAGCAUCAUCUCCGAGGUCCGUGCCCAGUAUGAGGAGAUCGCUCAGAAGAGCAAGGCAGAGGCCGAGGCCCUGUACCACAGCAAGUACGAGGAGCUCCAGAUUACUGCAGGGAAACACGGAGACAGCCUGAAGGAGGUCAAGAUGGAGAUCAGUGAGCUGAACCGCAUGAUCCAGAGACUGCAAGGGGAGAUCGCCCAUGUGAAGAAGCAGUGUAAGAGUGUGCAAGAAGCCAUUGCGGAUGCGGAGCAGAAAGGAGAGCAUGCCCUCAAAGAUGCUCAGGGCAAGCUCUCUGACCUUGAGGACGCCCUGCAGCAGGCCAAGGAGGACCUGGCCCGGCUGCUGAAGGAUUACCAGGAGCUGAUGAACGUGAAGCUGGCCCUGGACGUGGAGAUCGCCACCUACCGCAAGCUGCUGGAGGGCGAGGAGUGCAGGAUGUCUGGAGACCUCAGUAGCAACGUGACUGUGUCUGUGACAAGCAGCACCGUGUCUUCGAGCAUGACAUCUACGGCCGGCUUUGGCUCUGGAGGCAGAGGAUCCGGUUCUAGAGGAGGAGGAUACAGCUCUGGAAGUGGCAGUUACGGCUCUGGAGGCAGAGGAUCAAGCUUCCGAGGGGGCAGUGGAGGGGGGUAUGGCUCUGGAGGGGGCUCCAGAGGCGGAUCCAGCUCUGGAGGGGGCUAUGGCUCUGGAGGGGGCUCCAGAGGCGGAUCCAGCUCUGGAGGGGGCUAUGGUUCUGGAGGCGGCUCCAGAGGGGGCUCCGGCUCUGAAAAGGGUGGUUCUGGCUCAGGUGAAGGUUACAGUUCCAGCGUGACCUUCUCUUUUAGAUAAAGAUGGAGUCCUACUCUCGAUUCUGCCGCUUUAGAAUGUAGAAGCCUGUCUCUGUACAUCCCAUUGGGAGCAAAUCAAACCUUGUCCUCCACCCCUGAUGACAUUUUGGGGGAAAGGGUUGCUCACAUAUGGUUUUUGAAAUAUCUUCUCUCCAAACCAGUUGAUUGGAGCCAGUGACACCCUCUGCCCCCCGCCCCCCCCCUUCCCCCCGGGGAAGAAGCUGCAUCGCCCAGGCUUGUACUUCCAGCCAUGCCCCCUUGCCUGGCCCCUCCUUGCAUUGCCCCUUUGGUGGUCCUCCUCCUGAGGACUACUCUGUUGAAGGCCCCAUCUCAAAGCCUGCGUCUUUCUCGUGGGCCUGCCCCCCAGGGAAACAUGUUUUUGUGUAUAUAGCCCGCCUUGUUGGCUUUGCAUCUAAAGUGCUGUGGUCUUGGUGUCUGCACAAUAAACUUC